UCCUCAUGUGCAUCAAACAACAUCACAGUGCAGAGCAAGCAGCAAAGGCUUCAAAAACUGAAGCCUAUUAUAAGCAACAUGUCAAAAAAAGGAAGACAGCACAUUUUGAAACAACAUGCAUGUGCGUGUCUAAGAGAAAAAGUCAGAGAGAAGUGACACAGGAAGUCAGUGGUUGUGGUAAACACUGCGUACCCGUUUGUGUUAACUUGAGUGCGAAUCACAUGUGCGAUCACAGUGUAAUGUUUUGUGCUAUAAUGAGAAGAGACUUUUAGGACACCUAGAGAAAGCAGCACGUCCUGAAAACAUUUAUUGGAACGCGAUCUGCAAAUAAACAGACUCAAGAAACAUGGGAAACAGUGGAGAGGAAGGAAAACUUUCGCGAAGACUUUCGCGAAUAGGAAGCAGAUCGCAGAGGGAGCCUCCACGACCACCUCCUCAACCAGACAAGCCCCCGUCAGCUGCCCCCCCAAGGCCAGCCCAGACCGCUCCCAAAGCUCCAGAACCUGCACCAAAACCUCCAGAACCAACACACGUAACCCCCAUAAAACCACAAGUGGCCCAAAAACCAACUCCUCCUCCUAGGCCAGAAAUACAAGUGUUCAACAGUACAGAGCAUGGAGCCGUCAUGCUCAAAGGGUUAGAUAAUUUCCGUUCUGAUGAGACCCUAUGUGAUGUCACUCUGGUGCCUGGCGACAGCAGUGAAACUUUCCCCGUACACAGGGUCAUUAUGGCUUCGGCCAGUGAUUAUUUCAAGGCCAUGUUUACAGUCUCUUCUUCUUGUGGAUUGGCAGGAGGCAUGAAAGAGCAGGACCUAAAGGAGAUCAAGCUCCAUGGGGUUAGCACUACAGGCCUGAAGAACAUUAUUGAGUUCAUCUACACGUCUCGUCUAAGCCUGAAUCUUGGGAGUCUCCAGGACACAUUAGAGGCGGCAAGCUUCCUCCAGGUGCUUCCCGUUCUCAGCUUCUGCAACCAGCUUCUCAGCAGUGAGAUCACCAUAGAAAACUGUGUGGAAGUGGAACGCAUUGCCAGAGAUCUUCUCCUUGAGGAAGUCCAAAACCAUGUCUACACGUUCGUGUGUGAGAACUUUUCCGAACUCUCAGAGAGCGGUCGGAUCUUGCAGUUGUCUGAGGCGAGCAUGACUUACGCUCUUUCCAGCGACUCUCUCAGCGGUUUCACUGAGAUGGAGCUGUACCGCAUCACCCGUGCUUGGCUAUCCCAUAAACCCAGCGAGCGGCGUUCCGCUGCGUACUCCCUGAUGAAACACAUCCGCUUCCCCUUGAUGUCCCCUGCUGAACUUCUCCAGAUCUCUCAGGAAGAAGAAGGAGCAAACAAGGGAAAGGAAGAAGAGGUGCCCUUCAUGCGAUCAGAUACAGCCUGCGUCAACCUUCUUCUGGAGGCCAGCAACUAUCAGAUGCUGCCGUUCCUCCAGCCGGCCCUGCAGACGGAGCGGACUCAGAUUCGAUCGGAUUCCACUCACUUGGUGGUUCUGGGUGGUGUGAUGAGACAGCAACUAGUAGUGAGCAAGGAGCUCAGGCUGUACGAUGAAGAAGGUGAUGGCACCUGGAGAACCCUCCAACCCAUGGAGGUGCCGCGUUACCAGCAUGGCGUAGCCUUGCUCGGGGGGUUCCUUUACAUUGUAGGGGGUCAGAGUACUUACGACACCAAAGGUAAGACAGCUGUAGACAGCGCGUAUAGAUACGAUCCUCGCUUUGACCGCUGGUUACAGGUGGCUUCUCUGAAUGAGAAAAGGACCUUCUUCCAUCUGAGUGCUCUUAAGGGGAAGCUCUACGCUGUUGGAGGGAGGAAUGCCACUGGUGAGAUUGAUUCUGUGGAGUGCUACAACUUGAACAAGAACGAGUGGAGUUUUGUUGCACCGAUGAGCGAACCUCACUAUGGACAUGCAGGCACAGUACAUGGGGAUCUGAUGUUUGUCUCAGGUGGUAUCACAAGAGAUGCUUUCCAGAAAGAGCUGCUUUGUUAUGACCCUGACCGAGACGUGUGGAGCAGACGUGCAGACAUGAUGGAACUGCGUGGCCUUCACUGCAUGUGCACCGUGGGCGAUCACCUCUAUGUCAUGGGCGGCAACCACUUCCGGGGUACGAAUGACUAUGAUGAUGUGUUGAGCUGUGAAUUCUACAGCCCGGCCACUGACCAGUGGACAGUGGUGGCGCCGAUGCCUAGGGGUCAGAGUGACGUCGGGGUGACCGUGUUUAAGGGCCGCAUCUAUGUAGUGGGUGGUUAUUCCUGGAACAGCAGGUGCAUGGUGGAUAUCGUGCAGUGUUAUGACCCUGAAAAGGAUGAGUGGGAGAAGGUCUUUAGUGUCCUGGAGCCUCUCGGAGGCAUUCGGGCCUGCACUAUGACUGUUCAUUGUCCGAAGGGUUUAGUAGAUGAUGCUCAGAUACAGGAGAGUCCACUCUCAACAUCUAAAAGCUAAAGCGGAUGUUUCAAUGUUGCUUGUAGAAGUCAAACUUAAGAGUAAAAUGCUGUCAUUUGCUUCAUGUCGCCAGCGAUGUGUGGUAAGUUUUUAGGGCAUGAUGCAAAAACUGCUAUAGUGAUAUUAUUACAUCACAGUUAAGUUACAAGAACAGAAAUUUCUGAGUCUGAAUAAGAAAAUAAGUUACUUGUAAAAAAGCUAUUUUUAACACUGCUUCUUUUAAUGCCAAAAAUGUGACAGGCAGUGAUUAAUGUUUUAUCUCUAAAUUAUUCUUCCUUUUUUUUGUUAAUCUAUUUUAACUCUAUUGUAUCUACUGUAAUUGCAUUGCAAUAAUAAAAGUAUUGUUAAUUCAUUCA